AGGUAUUCGAACCCCCCCCCCGGAAGAUGCCAAGACAGUCUGGGUGGUGACUUCCGGCUUGCUGAAGAAAGUUGAGCUGGGGAGGUUUGCUGGCUCCUGGGUUUUGCAAAAUGGAUAGCCAGGGAAGGAAAGUGGUGGUUUGUGACAAUGGAACCGGGUUUGUGAAGUGUGGCUAUGCAGGCUCCAACUUCCCCGAGCACAUCUUCCCUGCCUUGGUGGGCAGGCCAAUCAUUCGCUCCACAGCCAAAGUGGGCAACAUUGAGAUUAAGGACCUGAUGGUGGGCGACGAGGCCAGCGAGCUGCGCUCCAUGCUAGAGGUCAACUACCCCAUGGAGAACGGCAUCGUCAGGAACUGGGACGACAUGAAGCACCUGUGGGACUACACCUUCGGGCCUGAGAAGCUCAACAUCGACUCCAGGAACUGCAAGAUCCUGCUCACCGAGCCGCCCAUGAACCCCACCAAGAACCGAGAGAAGAUCAUCGAGGUGAUGUUUGAGACGUAUCAGUUCUCAGGGGUCUACAUUGCUAUCCAGGCUGUGCUGACGCUCUACGCCCAAGGCCUGCUGACAGGUGUUGUGGUGGACUCUGGGGACGGUGUGACACACAUCUGUCCGGUGUACGAGGGCUUCAGCUUGCCCCAUCUGACACGACGCCUGGACAUCGCUGGGAGGGACAUAACCCGCUACCUCAUUAAGCUGUUGUUGCUGAGGGGCUAUGCGUUCAACCACUCUGCGGACUUUGAGACGGUGCGUAUGAUGAAGGAGAAGCUGUGCUACGUGGGUUACAACAUCGAACAGGAGCAGAAACUGGCUCUGGAGACCACCGUGCUGGUCGAGUCCUACCAGCUCCCAGACGGCAGGGUGAUCAAGGUGGGAGGGGAGCGUUUCGAGGCUCCAGAGGCUUUGUUCCAGCCCCAUCUCAUCAACGUAGAGGGAGUCGGGGUGGCAGAGCUGCUCUUCAACACUAUCCAUGCAGCAGACAUCGACACCAGGUCUGAGUUCUAUAAACACAUAGUGUUGUCAGGUGGGUCCACCAUGUAUCCAGGUCUUCCAUCUCGACUAGAGAGGGAGCUCAAACAGCUCUACCUGGAACGCGUGCUGAAAGGCGACGUGGACAAACUCUCGAAAUUUAAGAUCCGCAUCGAGGACCCGCCACGGCGUAAGCACAUGGUGUUCCUGGGCGGGGCCGUGCUGGCGGACAUCAUGAAGGACAAAGAUAACUUCUGGCUGACCAGGGAGGAGUACCAGGAGAAAGGUGUCAGGGUGCUGGAGAAACUGGGAGUCACUGUCAGAUAAAGACCUCCGCAAUGUUAAUGACCACACACACACACACACACACACACACACACACACACACACAUAUCCAUAUAUUCACCCAAACACUGAAGGGUCAUCAUAGAGAAGCACCUAGAAUGGUGUAUGUCUAAAACACACACACACACGGUUUCCUCCCCCAUGGCAGACUAGAUAUCUAUUUAUCCUUCUUCCUCUUCUAAACAACAGAAUCACGGCAUCACCGUAGGGAGUGAUGACGCUCUCCUCCUGUUGUCUGAUGGUCUAGUAUAGUUUAGCUCAGGGUUGGUAGUAGAGUUCAGGACACCACUCCUCCAGCCCUCCUCCUGUCGCCUGAUGGUCUAGUAUAGUUUAGCUCAGGGUUGGUAGUAGAGUUCAGGACACCACUCCUCCAGCCCUCCUCUCCUCCUGUCGUCUGAUGGUCUAGUAUAGUUUAGCUCAGGGUUGGUAGUAGAGUUCAGGACACCGCUCCUCCAGCCCUCCUCUCCUCCUGUCGCCUGAUGGUCUAGUAUAGUUUAGCUCAGGGUUGGUAGUAGAGUUCAGGACACCACUCCUCCAGCCCUCCUCUCCUCCUGUCGUCUGAUGGUCUAGUAUAGUUUAGCUCAGGGUUGGUAGUAGAGUUCAGGACACCGCUCCUCCAGCCCUCCUCUCCUCCUGUCGUCUGAUGGCCUAGUAUAGUUUAGCACAGGGUUGGUAGUAGAGUUCAGGACACCACUCCUCCUGUUGUCUGAUGGUCUAGUAUAGUUUAGCUCAGGGUUGGUAGUAGAGUUCAGGACACCACUCCUCCAGCCCUCCUCCUCUCCUCCUGUCGUCUGAUGGUCUAGUAUAGUUUAGCUCAGGGUUGGUAGUAGAGUUCAGGACACCACUCCUCCAGCCCUCCUCCUCUCCUCCUGUCGUCUGAUGGUCUAGUAUAGUUUAGCUCAGGGUUGGUAGUAGAGUUCAGGACACCACUCCUCCAGCCCUCCUCCUCUCCUCCUGUCGUCUGAUGGCCUAGUAUAGUUUAGCACAGGGUUGGUAGGAAUUUUGGUAGUAGAGUUCACGGUGAAUAUCAAGUCUCCUGAAGAUAGAAAUUCACAUUUUCACAACACGGGGAAAGCAAUAUGGUGGAAAGUGAGUCAAGGAGUCUAUUUCCUCACUGUGCUAUUUUUUACCCUGACUAGUGCAGAUCAGGGUUGAGGUCAAUUUCAGUUUAGAAUUUUUUAUUUUUUUAAGAAAGUGAAAACAGAAUGGUCCCCAACCUUAAUGCAGACGAGGAGACGAGGAGAACAACGUUAGACUAUUGAGACCCACCCCUAGAACAGUUAAACCUCUCCUUACCAAUCACUUCAAACUUCCAUGUCCUCUUCAUAAAGGAGUCGCUAGAAGCUGUCCCUAAUCGCUGAUGCAGGGUCAGAUGGUAUCAUAAAGGAGUAGCUAGAAGCUGUCCCUAAUCGCUGAUGCAGGGUCAGAUGGUAUCAUAAAGGAGUCGCUAGAAGCUGUCCCUAAUCGCUGAUGCAGGGUCAGAUGGUAUCAUAAAGGAGUAGCUAGAAGCUGUCCCUAAUCGCUGAUGCAGGGUCAGAUGGUAUCAUAAAGGAGUAGCUAGAAGCUGUCCUUAAUCGCUGAUGCAGGGUCAGAUGGUAUCAUAAAGGAGUAGCUAGAAGCUGUCCCUAAUAGCUGAUGCAGGGUCAGAUGGUAUCAUAAAGGAGUAGCUAGAAGCUGUCCCUAAUCGCUGAUGCAGGGUCAGAUGGUAUCAUAAAGGAGUAGCUAGAAGCUGUCCCUAAUCGCUGAUGCAGGGUCAGAUGGUAUCAUAAAGGAGUAGCUAGAAGCUGUCCCUAAUCGCUGAUGCAGGGUCAGAUGGUAUCAUAAAGGAGUAGCUAGAAGCUGUCCCUAAUCGCUGAUGCAGGGUCAGAUGGUAUCAUAAAGGAGUCGCUAGACGCUGUCCCUAUUCGCUGAUGCAGGGUCAGAUGGUAUCAUAAAGGAGUCGCUA